CUGACCAAUCCACGCGGGCGAAGCUGCGGGCAUCAUCUAGUUAAUAAUAUUCUGGGUAGUGGAUAAGUCAGUGGCCAAAAAGGUCCCAAAUUGUGCGCGCCCUAAUUUCCCGACGAACUUAACACAAACAGAGGUGAUUCACCCCAGAUGUUCCAAUGACCUUGAGCACGUCAGUUGUCGGGCGUGCGCCAUGGCGGCCCCCGCUCCAGUCGACAGGAGGGGAUAUCAAGCUUCCAUAAGAAAACAAACCACAAACUAGCGUCUAACUGGCGAACGCGUGUGUUAACAUUAACGUUUUCAUCGAGAAAAUACAAAAAUUAACACGUUUUCUUGUAAACAAACCGAAUUUUCCAUUUCCGGAGUGCGGGAAUGACGAAACUCGAAGGUUUUCACUUUUGUACGCAUGCGUACAUUAACAUUGACAGUUUAACGUGUUUUCCAAUAGUGUGCGAUUCAAUUCGGUCGGGUUAUAUCUAUUGCAAAGGAUUGUGAACCGUAUGUGCGUUGGAGAAGAGUGAAAAUUACAUUUUGAGCUUCGAUGGACGAUGUUUGGAAAAUAAAGGUGGGAUGAACUUCGUUCGAAUAGCUUGCUCAAAUGAUCAAUGCACUUCAUAUGUGUCUGAGUAGUCCGACCAUGUGGCGACAACGAUGCCUCGAUGCAUUCAGAUGCGUAGACGCAUCGAAUCCUAUUUGAGACAGAUGCAAUCGAUUCGAUUUCUCCUCCUCAUCACGUGUAUCAGCCUUACGCUCUCCGUUAUUUGGAUCCAGUUAGUAGACAGCCAAAAGCCAACUUUCGUCAACGAAAGCUUGAUACACGAAGUUAUAAAAAAUGUCGCUCGUGAUUACAGAUAUGCAGAAGUAUACAGAAGGACAGAUAAGUUACCAAGCAAUAUCAAAUACAUCCUGCUCUGGACUGAGUAUGAUUUCGCACCGUUCUAUUACUUUGGACAAGGCCAGAAAGCAUUCAUCGACAAUAAUUGCUCGGUGAUAAAUUGCUAUGUUACCACUGAUAGAGAUUAUUUCAAUGGAGACGUAUCAAAGUUCGAUUUCAUAUUUUUCAAUGGACGAAAUAUAAAUCCGUUGACCAAAGCAGAUCUUCCGCAGAAUCGCUCAUCGCAUCAAAAGUAUAUUUAUUUCAACAUGGAGUCAGCUGAAAAUAUACCCGUUUGCAGCGACAUAUACGAUAAUUUCUUUAACGUAACAGCUACUUAUAGACUCGAUUCUGAUAUACCCAUUCCGUAUAUUCAAAUCAGAGACGUUUACGGUGAAGUUAUAGGCCCUAGAAUUGAAAUGGACUGGAUUGAAGGUGGUGCUGUAGUCGAUGAAAAUUUAGCGAUAAGACUGAAGAAUAAAACCAAAGCGGUGGCUUGGUUUGUUUCGAAUUGUAAAAGUAGAAAUAACCGUCAGGAAUACGUGAAGAAAUUACAGCAAGCUUUGGUUCCGUACAAUUUAAAUGUAGAUAUAUACGGUAAAUGUGGACCGUUAACGUGUCCAAGAAGUCAGGAAAACUGUAGUACAAUUUUAGACAGAGAUUAUUUCUUUUAUCUCUCGUUCGAGAAUUCUUUUUCGGACGAUUAUGUAACGGAGAAGCUUAUAACAGCAUUGCAACAUGAUGUCGUGCCGAUAGUUUUUGGUGGUGCUGAUUAUUCUAGGUUUCUUCCACCAGGAUCGUAUCUCAACGCACGAGACACCACGCCCACCGAGUUGGCAGCGACCAUUGCCCACCUCAUGAACUCCUACACGAAGUAUAGCAGAUUCUUCGGGUGGAAGCAGUACUACUCUUUUCACGAUCCGUCCAAUAAUGACAAUGUGUGUUCAGUGUGUAAGGCCCUUAACGAAGAGUCGAUGGAAAAACCAAAGUACUACAAACAGUUCCGAAGCUGGUGGUUACCGAACUUUGGUGAACGGUGUAGAUGAUAUUAUCCGAAACGCUGCUAUAGCUGUAAUGAAAUUAGUUUGUUAAGCGUCGAUUUGCAAAUUGAAAAGCUAACUCCUCGGGGAUAGGGUUCAAAGUUGGUCUUCAAAAUUAAUGGUUUUUAUAGAAUUGUUCCGAGUCUGGUUAUGGACAUGCUAGGUCUGGGCACAUGAAUAGAUAGUGGUGUGGUCUGGGUCCAUAUUUGUAUUACUUUAUGUUUUAUUCGUAACUAUUGUACAUAUAUUAGAUAUAGCUAAGGCGUGAUCGUUAGCUUCUCGUCUGUUAAAGUUUAUCCAAUGAUCGAAAAAUCAACGCUUAGGGCCUGUUCACAACAGCCUGAUAAACUUUAUCUAACGGACAAUUAGAUAUUUUGACAGAUUUCUAAUUCAAAAACUGUCAUAACGUCUUUAUCUAUACUAUGUAAUAAUUAUAAAGAGGUAAAGUUUGUUUGUAGUAAGUAAUCUCUGGAACUACUGAACCGAUUUUGAAAAUUCGGACUAUAUUUUUUUUCCAAAAAAUUAGAGAUCUCUGCGAAAAUUAUAAUAAGCUACUCGUGCGAAGCUGGAGCGGGUCGCUAGUCGUUAGAUAAAGUUUAUCCAUUGUGUACUGGCACUACAGAAAGUCACCAAACAAGAAAAUAAAAAGAAAGUUUAUCUGGAGGUUGUGAAACAGGCCCUUAAAGUAAGUACUUAAUAGAGCAGGAUCCAGUACAGUCAGACCUUUGUAACGAUUAACAUUAUUGACACAGUUAUUGAUUGGUUGUAAGUAUAGAUUAUUACUGAGUAACCACGCACUGCAAAAUGGCCCCACGCGAUUCAUUCCGUAGAAUUCUGUGACAUAGAAAUUGUAUACGUAUCUACCUAGAUUUCUUUAUUAUUCUUUAUAUUCAUACCUAUGUCACAGAAGAAUUUUGUGAGGAAAACGCGCGGUGAAAAUUCGCAGUGCAGGCUUAUCCUAACAUAAAUUUUAUACCUAUCUACUAAAAUUAAUUUACAGUAGUACUUAAUAGGACUUCGUCUGUGUUGGUGUUAGCUGGUGGGCGUGCUCUGCUUUUUUGGAGUGUUUUUU